AAGAUGUCCUUUGCUAUGAAUAUCAGCGGCAAAUGUAAAAUAAAACGCUGAAAUAAUUGGUAGUCGGCAUCUUGUUGUUGACGUUGAGGACAAGGCGCCAAACGGGCGCUCUGGAAGCCCUGCUUAUAUUUUCUUGUAAUUUAAAGUUUCCAGCACAUAAACAAUGCCAUCUGACAGGAAGAACAAGGAUAAGAAGGAGAAAGAAAAGGAAAGUACAGAAAUAGAGAAAGAUGUAGCAGAUGUGCCAAUGGAGGAUGAGGAUGAGGAUGAUGAAAAGGAGGAGGGUGGGAUCCGCAUAGGAGACAUAUAUCUACCUCCACCCCCUCCACCAGCUUGCACCUUUGACAGUACAGGCCCUCGGUUGGUCAUUACCCAUAUUGAAAAUAACUUCUUUAAGAGUUAUGCUGGAAGGCAGGUACUUGGUCCAUUUCACAAGAGUUUUACAUCAAUUGUUGGUCCAAAUGGCAGUGGAAAAAGUAAUGUUAUUGAUUCAAUGCUCUUUGUGUUUGGUUACCGUGCUCAGAAGAUCCGAUCCAAAAAGAUUUCUGUUUUGAUUCACAAUUCUGAAGCUCAUCCAAAUGUACAGAGCUGUACAGUUGCUGUGCACUUCCAGAAAAUUAUCGACAAAGAAGAUGAUUUUGAGGUUGUCCCAGACACACAGUUUGUUGUUUCACGAACAGCAUUUAAGGACAAUUCCUCAUUUUACCAGAUAAAUGGAAAGAGGUGUCAGUUUAAAGUGGUGGCCAAGGAACUCAGGGCACAUGGCAUUGAUCUUGACCACAAUCGUUUCCUGAUUCUCCAGGGUGAAGUUGAACAGAUUGCUAUGAUGAAACCCAAGGCACUUACUGAGCAUGACACUGGAAUGCUGGAAUUUUUGGAGGAUAUAGUGGGUUCCUCAAGAUUUAAAGAACCUAUAGAAUUAUUGUCCAAGAGAGUAGAAGAACUGAAUGAAGCAAGGGGAGAAAAGCUGAAUCGUGUGAAGAUGGUGGAGAAAGAGAAGGAUGAAUUGGAAGGACCAAAGGAUGCUGCAGUUGAACACCUCAAGCUUGAAAAUGACAUAACUCGCAAGAAGCACACACUUUACCAACGUUAUUAUCUCGACUGCUCCCGUACCAAAGAAAAGGCCGAGGAGAAAAAGAAGGAGAUUGAUGAAGGCAUGAGUGAUGUAAAAAAGAAACUAGAAGAAUUAAAUGAGAAGAAGAAGGAGAAAGAAGAUGAGAUUAAGAAGAGGGGGAAGGUCUUGGAAAAUAUUAGCAAGACAAAGGAAGAGUGUUCAGAGAAAUUUAAAGGACUUGAGAGUGAAGAUGUCAAACUACAAGAAGAUCUAAAACACAAGAAUCAGAAAAGGAAAAAAUUGAUGAGUCAGCUCAACACUGAGAAAACCAAACUGGAGGAACUUCUUCAGGUACCUGAGAAGAAUGAAAAGGAUAUACAGGAGUGUGAGGGUCUGCGUGAUACUUUGGAGGAGAAGAGAAAGAAGGAGGAAGAAGCUUACCACAAGGCAAUGACAACUCUCAACUCAGAAACUCAGCAGCUUCAGGAUGAGAAAGCCAAAUUUGAAACACAACUUAUUGAUCUGCGGAAGGAAGUAGAUGAAACUAAGAGUGUUGUUGAUAUUGCUCAAUCUGAGCUGGAUAUUUACCAGAGCACUGAGCGAAGUGAGAAGAAGAAACUCGAACAGAUUGUAGCAGGACUUGAAAAAGCAGAAAACACUGUCAGCAGUAGGGUGGAGGAAGUGCAAAGGUUAGAUGAACAAAUUCCAAAGAGUGAACAAAAAUUAAAUGAAGAUAUGUUGCGUCUACAACAACUUAUACCUGAACAACAACUGGUUGAAGAAGAACUGAGGAAUUCGCGCUUGAAGCUUGAAGAAAAACGCAGUGCUAUGCAGUCCUCACGUUCUCGUGGUAGAGUUAUGGAUGCCAUUAUGGAACAGAAAAGAAAUGGUAAUAUACUAGGAAUUUUUGGUCGUUUAGGUGACCUUGGUGGAAUAGAUGAGAAAUAUGAUGUAGCUAUUAGCACUGCAUGUGGACCUCUUGACAACAUAGUUGUAGACUGUGUAGAAACUGCACAGAAAUGUAUUGGGUUUUUGAAGAAGCAUGGCAUUGGAACAGCUACCUUCAUUGCCUUAGACAAGAUGGAGAGAUGGAGAAGCCAGUGUGAAAGAUCCAUGCAGACUCCAGAGAAUGUGCCUCGCCUCUUUGACUUGGUAAGAAUGAAUGAUGAAAGAGUUAAAACAGCAUUUUACUUUGCUCUUCGAGAUACCCUUGUGGCAGUAGACCUUGAUCAGGCUUCUAGAAUUGCCUAUGGAAGAGUGCGUCAUCGUGUAGUUACCCUGAAGGGAGAGUUGAUUGAACCAGCUGGUACAAUGAGUGGAGGUGGACGUUCAGUUAACAGAGGACGAAUGGGGAAACAAGCAACUGUUGUCAACGUAGAUCCUAGAGAGAUUCAGCAAGUAGAGCACAAGGUUGAUGAACUAACACAGAAGGCAGGACAGCUCAGAAGGGAUCGGGCAGAAUUGGAGGACUCAGUCCAACAAUUAACACGAGAGCUGAAGACAAUGAAGAUGAAUCAGCAGAAGUUUAAAAUGGAAAUAGAGGCUGCCAAGCAACAGUUAACAUCACUAAAGCAACAAAAGAAAGAACAGGAAGAAAAGGUAGAAUCCGUAAAGCCAGAUCCGUCACAAAUAAAAAAAAUGGAGAAGGCAAUUGACAGCAAAAUGAAGGUCUACAAGGAAGCAGCAGCCUCUGCUCAAACAGUAGAGGCAGAAGUUACCAGAAUUCAUCAACAGAUCAUGGAGGUCACAGGAGGAAAGAUGAAAGGGCUCAAAAAAUCUCUUGAAGUUAUUAUUAAAAAACUGGAAAAGGUCAAUGCAGAAAUUACCCGACUUCAGGUUGCCAUCAAAACAUCACAACGUAAUACCAAGAAGACUGAAGAGAAGAUUAAUGCAAUGGAAACAGAAGUCAAAGAGGUGGAAAAUGAACUCCGAGGAAUGCAGGCGAAAAGGAAAGCAAUUGAAGAAGAAGCAACAACUGUGCUUGAAGAGCUACAGAAAGUUACACAAGAAGAACUUGAGUUACAGGAAGAGGUCAGUGAGCUGAAGUCACAACAUGAGGAGUUUGUCAAGAAGGAAAAUAAAAUUAAAUCCAGCAAAAUUGAGAUUGAUCAAGAGCUGGAAAAGUAUGAAGGUGUAAUUAAGGAGAAUAAGGCAAAGAUGUCACAUUGGAAGAAACAGCUUGGUCGAUUGGAGUUAACAGAGAUACCAGUCGACAAGGAUGAAGAAGAGGAAAUGGAGUUGGUAGUAUUAGAGCCUGAGGCGCUGGACGAACUUGACCCUAAACAGUUACAGUAUCAGUUGACCAUUCUGGAAGAGAAAUUGGCUCAAUCAAAACCCAACCUAGCAGUUAUCCAAGAGUACAGGAAAAAGGAAGAGAUUUAUCUCCAACGUGUAUCGGAAUUGGAUGACAUCACCCGCCAGAGAGAUGAGCAACGUAAAUAUCACGAGGACCUUAGGAAACAAAGGCUGAAUGAGUUUAUGUCUGGGUUUACCAUCAUCUCUAACAAGCUAAAAGAAAUGUAUCAGAUGAUCACUCUUGGUGGAGAUGCAGAGCUGGAACUUGUUGAUUCUCUUGACCCCUUCAGUGAGGGUAUUGUGUUCAGUGUAAGACCACCAAAGAAGUCCUGGAAAAAUAUUACAAAUUUGUCUGGAGGUGAAAAAACAUUAUCAUCACUAGCUUUGGUGUUUGCUCUUCAUUACUACAAACCAACACCACUCUAUGUCAUGGAUGAGAUUGAUGCUGCCCUUGACUUUAAGAAUGUGUCUAUUGUUGGCAACUACAUUAAGGAGCGCACCAGAAAUGCACAAUUUAUCAUCAUCUCCCUGAGAUCACAAAUGUUUGAACUAGCAGAUAGAUUAGUGGGAAUCUACAAAACAUACAAUGCUACAAAGUCUGUUACCAUCAACCCAGGCUUAAUUGCAUCUCAAGUGAACUCUGGAGAAGCAAGUGAUAAACAAAGUUCCGCUAAUAAUCAGACAAUUAUAACUCCCCCAGUAUUGGCAGAAAGUAGAGCAUAAUUAUUUAAUUUGUGUCAAUAUUCUUGACAGUUGUAUAGUUCUGAUUUGAAGAAUAAAUUUAUAAUUUUAUAAUCAAGUAGCACCUUUUACACAAACAUUUUCCGUGCAAGAAAUAUAAAAUAAUAUUGUACA